AUGGGAGUGAAAGUUGACGACAGAUAUUUACAACAUCUUCGUUUCGCUGAUGACAUCGUUCUUAUAACAAGAAGCAUCAAUCAGGCGGAAAGGAUGCUGGCCGAAUUUUAUGAAACAUGUAAAAAGAUCGGUUUUCGGCUGAACCUAGACAAGACAAUGUUUGUGAGGAACGGAUGGGUUUCUGAUGCCCCUUUCACGCGCAACGGAAUGAACAUAUCCGAAUGCUCCAGCUAUGUAUAUCUAGGUUCGGAAAUCAACAUUAUGAACGACAGGACCUUCGAGCUGGGCAGAAGGAAACGAGUGGCUUUCAAGAGGAGCAUUCAAGGGCAACAAGGAUGUAGUGAAGAAGACCAGGAACACCCGGUUCACUGCUCACCUCUUCAACACCGUAUUUCCUGCUUUGACCAAUGCUUCUGA